CUCUCUCUCUCUCUCUCUCUCUCUCUCUCAGAAUUCGAAUCAUCUUCAAUGGAUCAAUCACUCCGCAGCUCAUCAGAUUCAACUUCAGAGUUGUUCGACAGAGAUCGCCAUGUUCGCUUCCUACAUAUGAUGUACAAGCUCUUGCCUUCGGAUUAUCAAGGUCAAGAGAUCAAUCGCCUCACUCUCGUCUACUUCAUUAUCUCCGGCCUCGAUUUGCUCGGUGCCCUAGAUUCCGUUGACAAAGAAGGGGUCAUUGAUUGGGUUUUAUCAUUGCAAGCUCAUCCAAAGAAUGAGGCUGAGCUGAACAACAGACAAUUCUAUGGGUUCCAUGGUUCAAGAAGUUCUCAAUUUCAAUCUAAUGACAAUGAGGGUUGUAUUCCAAACGGCAGUCACUUGGCAAGCACAUACUGUGCACUAGCCAUAUUCAAGACUGUUGGCUAUGACUUGUCUCUCAUUGAAUCUGAACCAAUCCUGAAAUCAAUGAAAAACCUUCAACAGCCUGAUGGGAGUUUUAUGCCCACCCAUACAGGGGCAGAGAGAGAUCUUCGAUUCGUAUUUUGUGCAGUGGCCAUCUGUUCAAUGUUGGGGAACUGGAAUGGCAUGGAUAGAGAGAAAACGAAGGAAUACAUAUUGAACUGCCAGUCAUAUGAUGGUGGCUUUGGUUUGAUUCCUGGAUCAGAACCUCAUGGUGGUGCAACUUAUUGUGCUGUUGCGUCUCUCCGUUUGAUGGGUUUCAUUGAAGAUGAUCUAUUGUCAAAAAGUGAAACAUCUUGUAUCAUAAAUGUGCCAAUGCUUCUGGAUUGGAGCUUGCAGAGGCAGGCAGCUGAUGGUGGGUUUCAAGGUAGACCCAAUAAGUCUAGUGACACAUGUUAUGCUUUUUGGGUUGGAGGAGUUUUGAGGAUGUUAGGGGGCUACAAAUUAAUUGAUGAGAAGGCUUUAUGUGGAUUUUUGUUAACUUGCCAGUCCAAGUAUGGUGGCUUCAGUAAAUUCCCAAAGCAUCUGCCAGAUCUUUACCACUCCUACUACGGAUUUACUGCAUUUAGCAUGUUGGGAGAAACUGGGCUGAAUCCAAUCUGUAUAGAACUGGGAAUAACUGAUACUGCUGCCAUCGGACUCUGAAAUCAAACAUUGUACUCUGGAUAUCAAACGGGGCGUGACACAGCCACACAUAUCGAUGUCGAGUGGACAAUAAUACUACCUAUAACAAGGUCUGAUAGAGGUAAGUAGAAAGUCGGGAAAAAUCAAUAUACUUUGACUGUCGAAUCAGGAUCAACUAAGAUAGAAAUAAAGUAUUGAGUUGAACUAUUCUUUGGUGUCAAAAUAAUAGCUAUGAAUAGUCAUUGACUUCCGGGAAAGGGUAGAAAAAUGGAACCUAUUAUGAG